UUUGAACACACUCGUGGACUAGCAGCCCUAUUGAGCAGAUCUCGUCUAGCAGCAAGCAGCAGUAUGCCACCCAAGACAAGCGGUAAAGCAGCGAAGAAGGCCGGCAAGGCGCAGAAGAACAUUGCCAAGGGAGACAAGAAGAAGAAACGCAAGAGGAAGGAGAGCUAUGCCGUGUACAUCUACAAGGUGCUGAAGCAAGUUCACCCAGACACUGGUAUCUCGUCCAAGGCGAUGUCGAUCAUGAACAGCUUUGUCAACGACAUUUUCGAGCGCAUCGCGGCCGAGGCAAGCCGACUGGCUCACUACAACAAACGUUCAACCAUCACCAGCCGGGAGAUCCAGACCGCUGUGCGUCUUCUGCUGCCCGGUGAACUGGCCAAGCACGCAGUCAGUGAAGGAACCAAGGCUGUCACCAAGUACACCAGCUCCAAGUAGAGAGUUUGUGUGUGUGUGUGCGCGCGCGCUCGCCGCCGACUAGCAUGCCACCACAACAUCCGCUUAACAACAACAAGUGUACCGCAUACAAGCGUCAACGGCCCUUUUCAGGGCCAAUA